ACAAAAAGCAAAAAGUAAUGUUUCCGAAUGUGCUACUUGCAAUAACUACCGCGGUCGCAGGCGCCGGUGCGGCGCCCAUGCACCGUGGCAUGAAAAACGACCCUCUGGUGUUUAUCUCAAACCCUAUAGAAUCCGAGUUUCCUGGACACUGGAUCCCUGAGAGUAUCCUCAAAAGAAUUUUAAAUAGACCAAAUAAUCCAUCUACAAAACAACCGUUGAAAGCUACAAAACAACGAUUGAGAGCUACAAAAUCUAUUAUCCGACCCAGAACUAAUACGGGUCCUAAAAAACCAACAACUAAGGAACCUACAACUGAAAUAGAAACAACCACUCCCAAAACAACAACACCAACCCCAACAACAACGACUACAACACCAGCAACCACUCCAACCACGUCAUCACCAACAACAACAACGACAGAAGCAGCAACAACAACAGAACCAACAACACCAGAACCAACGACAGCCGAAGCAACAACAACAGAACCAACAACAAUAACAACAACCACAGAACCAACAACAACAGCAACAUCAGAGCCAACAACAACAACAGAACCAACAACGACAACAACAGAACCAACAACAACAGAACCAACAACGACAACAACAACAGAACCAACAACAACAACAGAACCAACAACAACAACAGAACCAACAACAACAACAGAACCAACAACAACAACAACAGAACCAACAACCACAACAACAGAACCAACGACGACGACAACAACAACAGAACCCACGACAACCGAACCAACUACAAAAACAGAAGCAAAAUCAACAAAACAUAGAAGAUUAACAACAACAACAACACCGGACCUGCAGAAUACAGCUGGUAACAAUGUAAAUGGAUAAAGGCAAUAAAACCUUGAUGUACGUAUGAUAA